AUGUACCACAGGGAGCCCAUAUACCUGAACAACGAAAACACGCAGGCUACGGGCAGCAUGGAGAAUAAUAACAUGAAAGAUAGGAUAGAGAAAGCUACACAACGAAUAAGGCCGUACGUUCGGCACACGCCAAUGGAUCUUUCCUUUUGGCUUAGCUCCGAGGGCAAGGCACAAGUCUAUAUAAAAUGGGAGAGUGAACAAGUUACUGGUUCUUUCAAAUCAAGAGGUGCAUUCAACUAUCUUUUGAGCAUCCGUGAUAAGUCAAUUGGUGCUGUGACAGCAUCAACUGGUAACCAUGGAGCAGCUUGUGCAAAUGCUAUGAAAGUGCUUGGAAUGAAGGGAAAGGUUUACUGUCCAGAGUAUUCGACAUCAGCAAAACGAGAGGCGAUUGAAGCUAAUGGGGCGGAGGUCAUAAUUUGUGGAAAAGAUUGUGUGGAUACGGAGAUGAAAGCCAGAGCUGACGCAAAGGAAUGCGGAGCAGUUUACGUCCCUCCCUACGCGCAUCUUGAUGUCAUGGCAGGCCAAGCAACCGUUGGAGUAGAGGUAUUUGAGGACCUGCCAUCUGUGGAUGCCGUUUUUGUGUCUGUGGGGGGAGGAGGUUUGGUUGGAGGCAUCGGCGCACACCUCAAGCAAGUCAAGCCAGAUGUACAGGUGAUAGGGUGCCAGCCAAAAAACUCCUGCGUCAUGUGGGAAUCAAUCAAAGCUGGUCGCAUCCUUGACUUGCCAUCCGAGGAGACGCUGUCAGAUGGGACAGCCGGUGGAAUUGAACAAGAGUCACCGACGUUCGAGAUGUGUAAGAAGUUCGUUGACGACUGGGUUUUAGUCAGUGAGGAGGAAAUCAGCAAAGCGAUCUAUGACGUCAUGGACUAUCAUCACAAGCUGAUCGAGGGCGCUGCCGCUGUGUCCGUUGCUGCUUACCUCAAGAUAAAAGAGCGAUUUGUCGGCAAAACGGUAGUGAUCAUAGCGUGUGGAGGUAAUGUAGAUAUGGCUGUCGUCAAGAGAGUGAUAAAGGAGAACGCUGGAGAUAUGUAGUGUACAGGGAGAUAUCAUUCUUUUCAGGAUAGACAGUCGAUGUAAUGCCUAUAGACCGUUUACACAAUGUUGCGCGCGCAUUUAAAAUGCCACAGACGAAGCUAUAGAAAGAGUCAAAUUCCACUUUGUCCGCCGCAUCAUUUUGGAUCAGCUAUGGCCCGCCAGUCUGUGGCAUUUUUUUUUUUU